AUGGUUAAUACGCGAAGUAGUCAUCCAAAUCAUCAUGAUGAUUCGACAUUGACAAACGGAUCCGGUAGUAGUAAAUUGUACAAUAAUGAUCGACGAGCAAGAACUCAUGUAAAGAAAUUGGUUGCAUCAGAUCAAGAAUCUUCAAAUGAUUCAUUUGGAAAUUCGAAAGCACAAUCUCGUUCAUAUUCUCAUUCACAUCGUGUUUUACGUCAACGAGUAAAGCGGCAAGCCUAUCAUACUGAUCAUUAUUUCGACGACGAUUUAGGUUUAUCGAUGUACGAUCGUGUGAAAAGACGACGAAAAGCUGAUCAUCGAAGUUCAAUAACAUCUGAUGAAGAUUUGGAUCGAGAUGACGAUGAAGAGCAAGAGCAAGAAGAUGAAGUUCAAGAACAAGAUGAUGAUGAAAAUAAAGAGCCAGCCCUUUCACGAAAAAGUCGAUAUAAAGAAAGUGAAAAUAAUAGUGCCGCAACAUUGGGACAAUCGGAACUUGAAGCAGAUGUUACUAAAACCGGAGAUGAAGAUGAGUCAGAAGAAGAAAAUGAACAACAAGAUGGACCUCGAAAAUAUUCAUUGAGACAAAGAAAACCGCCACCACAACAUUAUGCGUACAUUUACGACAAACCAAGACGAAAAAUACAAAAAACUAUAUUUUUUCGCGAUCAACAACAACCUUCAAAAUCUAAGUCUCAAAUUAUGUCAAGAAGAUUGUCAAGACGGAGAAGACGUGUUUCUGCUCAUGGUAGCUCAUCUGAUGAUAGUAGUUCUACGACUGAUAGUGAAACAGGACCAAUCACUGCUGGUGAUUUGACAUGUCGUCCUGAACAACGAAUGCGAAAGGCCAAAAGUACAGCUAUCAAUCGAAUGAAAUGUUUACCAACAAAUAUUGAUCUACUUAGUGUUUUAACAUCAUCAACAAAAAACCGCAACAUAGGUGGUACUGGUAACAAUAUUGGCGAUAGACACGCUUCUCGAACAGGCGGUGCAUCAUUGGCGGAUGUUGAAGCAAUGGAAAUAGAUCGAUCAAUUACAUUUGAUGAUAUUGGAGGACUUGAUCACGUGAUACGAUCAUUAAAAGAAAUGAUUGUUUUACCAUUAAUGUAUCCAGAAUUAUUUCAACAUUAUAAAAUUAGACCGCCACGUGGUGUUUUGUUUUACGGUCCUCCUGGGACUGGUAAAACGCUUGUUGCUCGAGCGCUGGUAAAUGAAUGUUCUGGUCCAAAUCGUCGUAUUGCAUUUUUUAUGCGAAAAGGAGCCGAUUGUCUAUGCAAAUGGGUUGGAGAAUCAGAAAGACAAUUACGUGUAUUAUUUGAUCAAGCAUAUCAAAUGCGUCCAUCAAUUAUAUUUUUUGAUGAAAUUGAUGGUCUAGCACCAGUACGUUCGGCCAGACAAGAUCAAAUUCAUGCAUCAAUUGUGUCCACACUGUUAGCAUUAAUGGAUGGUUUAGACAGUCGUGGCGAAAUUGUUGUCAUUGGAGCAACAAAUCGUUUAGAUGCAAUUGAUCCAGCAUUAAGACGUCCUGGACGAUUUGAUCGUGAAUUUCGGUUUUCCCUACCAACUUACGAAGCUAGAAAGCAUAUAUUGAAAAUACACACAAAAGAUUGGGAAUCAAAGCCACAUGAAAAUUUUAUUAAUGAAAUAGCUAAUCGAACAGCGAGUUAUUGUGGUGCAGAUUUAAAAGGUUUAUGUCAAGAAGCGUUUCUGUCAGCACUCCGUCGGCGUUAUCCACAAAUCUAUGAUUCAAGACAAAAAUUAAAAGUGAAUCCACGUUCAUUAAAUUUAUCACGUGGUGACUUUUAUUCAGCACUACAUCAAAUUGUUCCAGCAUGUAAUCGAAGUAAUAUGCAUCCAGUUGGGCGUUCAUUAGACAUUCAUCUGAUUCCACUGUUGAGUGAACAAUUAGAUUCGUGUAUGAAAUUGUUAGAAGAUAUAUUUUUCAAACGUAGUACCAAUGCUAAUAGUGGAAAAUUAAGCAACAAAAUACCAUUCGAAAGUAUUACAGAAGAUCGAAUAAAUAAUCCUUCGACAUCGUCUUCUCUACCAGUAUCAACGUUAUCUUCAACAAUGGGCUUCCAUUCAGCAUCGUAUGCAGCCAGUUUACAUCGAAGUGCUACUUUUACAAUUUUAAGCGCUCCAUCUAAUGGUUUAUGCCGUUUUUUUACACCAGCAGUUGUACAACAAUUGGAUUGUGCGUUUUAUGUGUUUGAAUUAGGCUAUUUGCAUGGACAGAAUAGUAGAACACCUGAAGAAGCCUGCGCACAAUUAUUUGCUGAAGCAAGACGUAGUUCACCAGCUGUUAUUUACGUGCCUGAUAUCGAAAACCUUUGGCCAAAACUGUCAGAUUCUGUUCAAUACAUGUUUAUUAGCAAUGUUCGUACAUUACCGUCAAAUUUACCUAUACUUGUUUUAAUGUCAGCCGAAACAUUUUCGAUUGACGAUCUUGAUAAAGAUCUUCAACAAUUGAUAUCACCAAAAUCAACGUUUUCUCUUUCACUACCAAGUGAAAAUGAUCGUCGUGCAUUUUUCGCUCCGUUAUUUUGUGAAGAUAUGUAUCUUAUACAAACGACAAAUUUUUUACCACAAGAUCAAUCGUAUGAGGAACUGGAAUUGGAAGAACCAACUCAACCAUUAAUACCGGAUGAGCGUGAAUUACAACGGAUAAGACAGCGUGAAGAAGCAACAAUGUGCGAAUUGAGAGUAUUUCUUCGUGACAUCCUGAAAUUAUUAGCUCGUGAUAAAAAGUUUACAUAUUUUUCUCGUCCAGUUGAUCCUGAAUUGGUUCCAGAUUAUUUUGAUAUUGUUAAAGAGCCAAUGGAUUUUACAACAUUGUAUGAAAAAAUUGAUACACAUGGGUAUACAAAUGUUAAACAAUUUGAACAAGAUAUUGAUCUGAUUGUAACAAAUGCUUUACUGUACAAUCCGAAUAAUACAAAUCAAGGUCGAAUGAUUCGUCAUCGUGCUUGUGAAUUAAGAGAUUAUUGUCAAUAUUAUAUUAAUGCAGAAUUGGAUCUUGAUUUUGAAGCACUUUGUCAACAAAUAACAGAAUCGAGAAAACAGCGAGGCGACGAUCCACGAGCAUCAUUGCCCGAUUAUGUAUUUACAGAGCCUGUAGAUCGUCAUACAGAAGAUAAUACUCAUGAUCAUUCAUCAAAUCAUUCAAAACUUAUGGAUUCGACAUCACCAGCAACAAUAAUGAAAACAUCAUCAAUGAAGGAUGGACGUGACGAUUUAAUGGAUUCGACAUCUGCACAUAUUUCAUCAUCUUCAUCUCCAUCCAAAACAACACCCUUCAUUAUAAGCAUACCCAAUAUUAAGAUAAAUGGUCCGACACCAUUUUUGUUCUCAACUACUGAAACAAACAGCACAAAAUCAGAUCAUUUGAGAGUAGAAAGUUCAUCAACAGCAUUUAUCGAUUUACAAUUAUCAAAUAAUACAAGUUUAACAUAUAAACCCGUUGUAUCAUUGCGUACAAAUAAGAAACGGCGCAGUGGUGAUAAUCGUCGUUCAAAAAUGAAAAAACAAAAGAACGAAGAGAAACAACAUAAUACAGAAACGGUUUUACCUGUUGAAGACGCUGCUAAUUCAUCAGGGAUACAAGAAGAUUCUUCUUCCAAUAAUUUAGAGCAACUGCGGUCAUCCUCUUCUAUGUCGCUUGGUAUCGAUAAUUCUGUUGUUAAUGGUCACCAUUCAUCGCAAUCAUCGUCAUCCUCUCCAAUUGAACCACCACUUCAACAAUUGCCUAGUACAAGAUCGAAACGAUCCAUAUCUAUAUCGCCAUCAAAACUGAAUGCUGUGAAAUUAAAUGAAACGGCUGACGAGCAUAGUAAAACAAAACGUCGACGCACUGAAUCAAAUACCCGUCCACUCAUCUCCAUCACGACGAAUCAUCAUGUUGAAUUGAAUUCAAUUGACAGUGACAUUGAAAUACGAAAAAUACUGCAUGAACCUCUAUCGCUUAAUUUAAAUUAUUUAGUUUCACAUACGAAUGGUUUUGGUAUUGAAAGAUUGAGUUCAAUCUGGUUUGAUGUAUAUGAUUAUAUUGAAUCAUUUCGAUCUCAGUUACCAUUGAAUCAGAAUAAAAAGGAUUUUACUCUUCACAUGUUUGAGAAACUAGCUCAUAUAAUUGAAGAAUUAUGUUUAAAUGCUCAAUAA